AGAAAUGGCGCAGAAAGGAGUCGAUCUGGAUGAAGAAACCUUCAGCUGUUCCAUCUGUCUGGAUCUGCUGAAGGAUCCGGUGACUAUUCCCUGUGGACACAGCUACUGCAUGAAGUGUAUUCAACGAUUCUGGGAUGGAGAGGAGAAUAUCUACAGCUGUCCUCAGUGUAGGAAGACCUUCACACCGAGACCUAUUCUGGAGAAAAAUGUUAUGUUUGCAGCUUUAAUGGAUCAGCUGAAGAAGACUGGACUCCAAGCUGCUCCUGCUGAUCACUGCUAUGCUGGACCUGAAGAUGUGUCCUGUGAUGUCUGCUCUGGAAGAAAACUAAAAGCCAUCAGGUCCUGUUUGAUCUGUCUGGCCUCUUACUGUGAGAAACACCUUCAACCUCAUUUGGAUGAAGCUGCAUUCAAGAAACACAAGUUGGAGGAACCCUCCAAGAACCUGCAGCAGAACAUCUGCUCCAUUCAUGAAGAGGUGAUGAAGAUGUUCUGUCGUACUGAUCAGAAGUGUAUCUGUUAUCUCUGCUCUGUGGAUGAACAUAGAGGACACACCACAGUCUCAGCUGCAGCAGAAAGGACUGAGAGGCAGAGAGAUCUGGAGGAGAGUCAACAACAAAUCCAGCAGAGAAUCCAGGACCGAGAGAAAGAGGUGAAGCUGCUUCAACAGGAGGUGGAGGCCAUCAAUCACUCUGCUGAUCAAACAGUGAAGGACAGUGAGAAGAUCUUCACUCAGAUGAUCCGUCUCAUCCAGAAAAGAAGCUGUGAUGUGAAGAAACAAAUCCGAUCCCAGCGGCUAACUGAAGUGAGUCGAGUCAAAGAUCUUCAAAAAGAAUUUAAAAGGGAGAUUACUGAGCUGAAGAGGAGAGACGCUGAGCUGAAGCAGCUCUCACUCACAGAGGAUCACAGCCAGUUUCUGCUCAACUACCCCUCACUGCCACCACUCAGAGAGUCCACACACUCAUCCAGCAUCAAUGUCCGUCCUCUGAGAUACUUUGAGGAGGUGACAGCAGCUGUGUCAGAGCUCAGAGACAAACUGCAGGACAUUCUGAGAGAGGAAUGGACGAGCAUCUCACCGACAGUCACUUAUGUGGAUGUUUUACUACCAGAACCAGAAUCAGAACCAGAACCAACGAGCAGAGCUGACUUCUUAAAAUAUUCAUGUCAAAUCACACUGGAUCCAAACACAGCACACAGACGACUGUUAGUGUCAGAGGAGAACAGAAAAGUUAGAUUGAUGGAAGAACCUCAGUCUGAUUCUGAUCAUCUAGAUAGAUGGUUUCAGGUUCUGAGUAGAGAGAGUCUGACUGGACGUUGUUACUGGGAGGUGGAGUGGAGAGGAAAAUAUGUUUAUGUAGCAGUCGCAUACGAGAACAUCAUCAGAUCUGAAUAUGACAGCAGAUUUGGUUUUAAUGACAAAUCUUGGGCAUUAAGUCUUUCUCCUGACAAAUUUUCAUUUCUUCACAAAGAGAUUCAAACCACAACCUUAGCUCGUGUUUCCUCCAGAAUAGGAGUGUACCUGGAUCACAGAGCAGGUGUUCUGUCCUUCUACAGCAUCUCUGAAAGCAUGACUCUCCUCCACAGAGUCCAGACCACAUUCACUCAGCCGCUCUAUGCUGGAGUGUGGAUGGGUCAUGCUGUUGGAGACACAGCAGAGUUCUGUAAACUCAAAUAAUUCUUAAAGUUGCUGAAAGAAGUGUGAUUUUUUUGUGAUUUCUCUGCUUUCUAUCAUUUUGAAUCAAAAUUUUUUCAGUUAAUAUUCUGUGGAGUCGUGUUUGUAGUUAGACAUAGAAUGUGGAUUUGAAACAUUUUUGAAGAUGAAUCUCAAACUUUUUGGAAUAAAAUCUUUUUUUAUGUCUUUGAACUUUCGGAUUUUGCUGUUUGAAUAUAAAUUUCAUACAAAUGUGUUCAUGUUUUUGUGUUGUUGUUAUGUGAACUGAUGGAAGCUGCAACACAAAUGGAAUCAGUGACGUCACAAUCAAAGACUUUCUCUGUUUGUUCUACACAGAAACUACAAGAGAACAAACGGAAGGAGGAGAUUGUGUUUGUAGAAAGAAGAACAUUUACAACUUUGUUCUUUUUUUCUUUUUGAUUCAUUUGACAACUUUGGAUUGAAGAUUUGUAUUUUCAUGUCUCUGUAUUUGUAGAAAAGCUGUUUAUGUUGAUUUGACAAUAAAACAUCUUGAUUCUUUUGUAUUCAUUCCAGAGUCUGUGUGAAAUCUGAUGAAGAAAAGUGGGAAUAAUCUGAUGGAAACUGAGGCAGUUUUCCUGGAACUCCAGAAAUGACAGAGUUCAUGUUUAGAGCAGAAACAUCUCUGUCAGUCAGUCUGAGUCCACAUGACUUUCUGCAGUAAAGCAGCUUCAUUACAGACAAAUGAGAAGUUGUCCUCGAGAUUUGAUACAAAUGUAUUUAAAUAAAAGAAAAAACACCGAAGUUUCUUCAUGUGUCCUGAUAAAUGAGUUUGAAACAUGAAAACUAAAUGUUCCUUAAAAUACAGACAAAUCAUUUAAUAACUCACGCUUUUUCUCCAACAAGCCGUGUUUUCAAGCUUUUGGCCUUGAAAUAUUUAAGAUUCCAGCAGCUGCUGAAAACCAAGUAGUACUGCAUUACUACCAUCUAGUGGAGAGGAGUAAAGUCAAAAAUGACCUC